AUGUUCACGUGGCUGAAGCUCACCUCGGACGUGAAGGAGCAGAUCUACAAGGUGGCCAAGAAGGGCCUGAUGCCCUCUCAGAUCAGUGUGAUCCUGAGGGAUUCUCAUGGUGUGUCACAAGUACAUUUUGUAACUGGCAACAAAAUUUUGACAAUUCUAAAGUCCAAGGGACUUGCCCCUGAUCUUCCUGAAGAUCUUUAUCACUUGAUCAAGAAAGCUGUUGUUGUUCGAAAGCAUCUUGAGAGAAACAGAAAUGAUAAGGAUUCUAAAUUCCAUCUAAUUCUGAACGAGAGCCAAAUUCGUUGA